AUGGAAUUGAACAACUGUGGAUAUACAACUAGCAGCUGUGAUGAAGAAAAAUUUCAAGAUCUCAUAUUGACGAGUAACAAAACUAGCAGUAAUGAUAAUAAUUCAACAGAACUAAAACAACCUUGGAAUAAUCCUAAUGAUACUACUACGACCAAUAAUAAUGACAAUAACAAUAAACUUGAUAACUUAUCAAUGGCGCUAUGGCUAUCGAAGCAAAGUCGAACAUUUGGUGCGUAUGAAGCCCAUUUAGAAACUUCAUCCCUGUUGAAUAGUUUUGCAUUAGAUAUGCACGAUUUUUCAAAAUGUCAUUUAUUCACAGAGAAGCCAUCAGCAGCAUCAUCAACGAAUUCAUCAAAUGCCAAGAAUCUACUCGGCUUAACUCAGUUGAUUGGGUUAAGUCGUCUUAUGAAUUUUAUCAUGUAUAAAUCACGUCAAUCGAAUACUUCAGCAUCAAAUAGUGAUAAUAACAAUAAUAGUAGUAAUAAUAAUAAUAAUAUAUAA